AUGGUAGAUGUCAUCGGUAUUUUUUCCAAGAGUGUUCAUUUAGGCGAGUAUCCAUAUGUUGUAAACAUAGAAGCGAAACGAGACCGCGCCCAUUUAUGCCCGGCAACUUUAAUUACCCCAUCCCAUGCUGCCACAAGCGCCGGUUGUAUCACGAUCUGGAAAAACUUCACCAACGACGAGGACGACGUCUGGCACCUCAGAGACUGCAGAGAUUAUGCUAUUCACGCUGGCAACAAUCACCUUGACAAAUCCAACUCGAAGAGUCAGAUACAAGACGUUUCAUUCUGGUGGGCACACCCGAGGUACAGGAAGUCGUCAACGGGUAUAGCUAAAAACGACCUCGCACUCAUCCACAUGGAUGAUGACCUCGAAAUGAACCACUUCGUCCGUACGUUAUCCCUUCCUUCUUCUUUUUCAACCGAACUGUUCAUUAAAAGUUUGGAGUUGUACGGCAAAAAGUGCGUCGUAUUGGGAUGGCUCAAAAAGGCCACCUGCGUCGACUCAACUCUCGACUCGAAUUCUUUACAAAUCUACCAAGUUCAAAUCAUCAAAGACGACGCUUGUUCAAAAAAAAUCUGUGACCAUUAUAACAUCCGUCUUUGCGAUCUGGACGUAAACAAAUUGGGUUUUUUUUGCGCCGAUCUGCUAAACCGAACAGACUGCUUUUGCGAUAGCGAUACAGGAGGGCCGAUUGUCUGCGACGGGAACCUUGCCGGCUUUUCAACUUGGAUGCCGAAAUGCAAAAAUAAUGACAAGUUACCGGCAUUGUUCGUCAACCUGGAAGUACUUUAUGAAAUGGAACAUCAUGAUUUUUAUUCCGGCAAAGCGUCUAUCUCAAGAGCUUCAGAUCUUGCAGUAUUCAUUGCCCUUAUAACAUUACACUUUUUUGUAAUUUUUUAA